AUGGAAGCAACCUUCAAGGCCUUCGAGGUGGCCACCGUGGCCGCGCAGAAAGAAGGGAUAUCGGAAGAAUGGUGCGCACGUUUGUUGACUACUGCUUUGAAUCUCGUCAGUGGGUUGCAAAGGCCUGAAGAAACCUUGAUGAGAGAGGCGUUUUGGAUGGGCAGGUUCAUGGCCAUGCGUGUGCUGCAUGACCUGAGCAUCUUCGACUAUGUUACUGAAAAAGGUCAAGUGACAUCCGGAGAGUUAGCCGAACUAUCCAAGGCUGACCAAACAUUGCUUGUUAAUCGUAAUUCUGCUUCCAAUGUUGUGAGUGGCCUUGUUGUCGAGCUCGAUAAGGCUACAUAUGAGCCCAAUCAGCUGACCAUAGCCUUGACCAAUAGACACAUGAAAGGCAUGGUUGAAUACAUUUUUGAUGGUGGCAUGGAAACGAUGGCCAAAGUCCCCGCAUAUCUUGCGGAAAUUGACUACAAGAACCCAGAUGAUCAAGCUGAGGGGCCGCUGCAAUACCGUUACGAUGCACAAGGCCAGGGCUUGUUUCGGAUUCUGGGAAAGCUGCUCGACGAUCCAGAACGAACAAUAGUGGCGGGAGGCCAUCUGUAUGUGGAUGUUGCCGGUGGCCGUGGUCAUGAUCUCUUCGCAUUCAAGCAGAAGUUUGCUGAACACCCUGACAAAUACUACCUGUUCGAUCUUCCGCACAUUGCCGAGGAUCACGAGAAAUGUCUCGCUAUAGUCAAGAACGUUACCGCGAGUAUGAAGAGAGGAUACUCGCAGCUUAUCAUUGAAGACUUCAUUCUGCCUCCUACCGGCACGACUAUCCUGCCUGCACUGUUCGACAUGCAGAUGAUAGCUUUCCUGGUCGCGAUGGAACGGACAGAGAAGCAUUGGCGUGAGCUGCUGGGUGAUGCGGGACUAGUCGUCGAGGGCUUCCAUCUACCGCCUGGUGACGGUACUGGUAUCAUCGUAACAAGUCUGAAGUAG